AUGGACUUCCUAAAUAAACGCUUUAGAAUAGGUAAAUGCUGUAUUAAAGACUGCAAAAGUUUUGAAUUGGAUCCGGAUUUAAUAAGUCAUUUUUCUUUUCCAAAGGACCCUUCAAGAUGUGCAGUUUGGAUGGACAAUGUUCAAUUAUGUCAUUUAAAUAAUGUUGAUGUAGUAACUUUGAACAAAAAGUAUCGGCUAUGUUCAUUACAUUUUGAAGGCAGGAUGUUUAGUAAUGAACAGAACAACCGUCUUAAGCCAGAUGCAAUACCAACAUUAUUUGAAGUUGUGGCAGAGGAACAUAUUGAUAAAAAUUAUGUUUUUAAUGACAAUGACAACGAAAAUAAUUGCUCACCGUCCUGUUUAACACCUGGUAUGCACCUUGUUUCAGAUGCAUCUUCUGUUUGUUCAAUUCUAUCAGAUUCAUCAUCAAUUACAAUAGAAACAUGUUCAUCCGAAUGUCAAACUCCAUCAUCAUUAACUCAUCGUACUCCACGGAAGAACGCACUUAGGAAGAAACUAAAUGAGGAAAUAAAGAAGAGAAGAGAACUACAAUCAGUGAUUGAUUCUCAUCGGCAGAUGGUUGACACAUAUUCUAUUGAAACGGCCCUUAAAGUGUGUGAGAAACAUUGCUCUCCCACAGUGUUUAUGCUGGUCAAGUCUCAAUUUGAAAAUCAACAGCGGAAACAAUGCGGACAAAGGUAUUCUAAUGACAUAAAGCAACUUGCUUUAAAUAUUUAUUUUGUAAGUCCUAAGCUUUAUAGAAUGAUGCAAAAAUCUUUGUCCCUUCCGGUUAGUCGGACUUUGAGAAGAAUCACUGGUAAAUAUGAAAUCAAUCCUGGUUUUAAUGAUUUUCUAUUUAAUUUCCUUUCGCUUAAAAUCAGUAAUUUUAAAUCAGAUUGGCUUGAUUGUGUUUUGUGUGCUGACGAAAUGGCUUUAAAAACUAAUCUGUUUUACAGGGUUAACAAAGAUAAAAUAGUUGGUUUCCAUGAAUCUUCUAACCGUAGAAAAUAUGAACCUGCUAAGUAUGCUCUGGUCCUUAUGAUCAGAAGUCUAAAUUAUGACUGGAAACAACCAGUUGCUUAUUUUCUUGUGUCUAGUAGCUGUACAGGAAUUGAUUUAAAGGACAUAAUUUUGUCAACAAUUUGUCGCCUGCAAAACAUUAAUCUGAAUAUUAAAGCAUUUAUUACGGACCAAGGCACAAAUUUUGUGCAGUUUUCAAAAAGCCUUUAUGUUUCCCCUAGUAAGCCUUAUUUUGAUGUAGAAGGAAAAUCAAUUGUUUACAUUUUUGAUCCUCCUCAUUUGAUUAAGUCAACCCGUAACAUGUUAUUUAAACAUAAUUUUAAAAUUAAUGAUAAUGUUGUUAAUAAAGCCCAUCUUAUUUCUUUUUACAAUCAUGACUCCAAAUGUAAUCUUCGAUUAGCACCAAAAUUGACGUAUGCUCAUAUAUACCCAGGGCCUUUUGAAAAAAUGAGGGUUUAUUUGGCUACACAAGUAUUUAGUGGAACUGUUGCUUCUGGUAUGUCGAUUGCUUUAGUAGCUGGUAUUUUACCGCCUUGUGCCCAAUUUACGAUAGACUUCAUAAGUGAUAUGGACAAGUUAUUUGAUAUAUUCAAUUCUUCCAAGAUUCCUAAAAGAAAAGAAUACAAUCGGCCGUUUAAGGGUACAGAAGCCCAAAUCAAUCAUUUAAAUAAAAUGGAAGGGGAUUUUAAAAACUUACUAGUAAUUCAUAAAUAUAAUGGUACAGAUGAAACUAAGCGGAUGAACUUUAUUAAUGGAUGGUUAAUCUCGAUAGCGGCUUUAAAAAUGAUAUGGAAAUCAUUAAAAGCAUCAAAAAACAAAGAUUAUGUCUUAUACACUGGUAGGCUCAAUCAGGACGGCUUGGAAAAUUUAAUUGGUUCCUUUCGCCUACAGCAAGGCAAUUGUUUGAACCCUACACCAAUCCAAUUUAUAUGGGCAUUUAAAAAAAUGCUGUAUUUGAAUUAUUUUCAGCAUUCACCUGGUGCAAAUUGUAUAAAUGAUUUUGACCAAAUAUUAUGCUCAGUUGAACCAUCCUCUAGUAAAUCUCUUAUUCUAGAAGAACCAAACAAAGAACUAUUUAUGUUUAAAGGUAUUGCUGUAGGUACAGUUGACUACAGACAUUUAGAUUUACCUGAAAUAAAUACAUUUACCUAUGUGUGUGGGUAUUUAAUGAAAAAAUGUCUGGAAAAACAUACCUGUGAUAUUUGUAUUGAGUAUGCUCGGUACCAAAAACAAUUGGAUAAAUCCUUUCUACUGUCAUUUAUGAAAGCAUAUUCUACUAAUAACCAUUCCACAUUUGGAAAUUUGAUGAUGCCAGAUGAUGAUUUUUAUAAUUUUAUCUUUGAGUUAGAGAAUAUAUUCAUCAAUAACUUUCCCUCUAUUGCCUAUGAGGAAGGCGUUGGGGCUAAGUUGAAAAUUGAUUUUUGUAAUGUACCGUAUGAUCAUCCCUGUGAAUAUUUUGAAAAAUCAUAUUUAAUAAAUUUAUUUACACGCUUCAGAAUUUUUACAGGUAUCAAAUUUUUAAACAGGGCUUUAGUUUCAGAGAAGAAAUUGAAAAAUAGAAAGUUAACUGUACUACAACAUUUAUAA